CUUUCGGUCUGUGAUCUGAGAGGAGAGUGUCCGCUAAGCUUUUCUCUUGGCCUCCGUGAGCGCGUCAUCAGUUUGAGACGCCGUUGCGUUUGCGGAAGGAGCCCGGUUCCAGGAAGGAAGUCAUGUCCUCGGCCGCCGUCUCCAAGUACGUGAACGACAUGUGGCCCGGCUCUCCGCAGGAGAAAGCCUCGCCGUCCGCCUCGGGCCGCUCCAGCCGCCUGUCGUCGCGCUCCCGCAGCCGAUCUUCGCCCCGCAGCUCCAGCCGCUCGUCAACGCGCAGCCGUAGCAGGCCACGGCGGAGCAGUCGGUCCCGGUCCCGGUCCCGCAGGCGCCACCAGCGCAAGUACAGGCGCUACUCGCGGUCGUACUCACGCAGCCGCUCGCGCUCCCGCGGCCGCCGCUACCGCCGAGACAGCUACUACGGGCGCCCGCGGAGGUACUACCAGUCGCCGUCGCCCUACCGGUCCCGGAGCAGGUCGCGCUCCCGUGGGAGGUCUCAUCACAGGAGGUCGAGCUACGCGAUCACGCGUGGGCGGCGCUACUACGGCUUCGGCCGCACCGUGUACCCGGAGGAUCGCCCCAGGUGGAGGGAAAGAUCCAGAAGCAGGUCGCGCAGCAGGAGCAGAACACCGUUUCGCUUAAGUGAGAAAGAUCGCAUGGAGCUGCUAGAAAUAGCAAAGGCCAAUGCAGCAAAAGCUCUAGGAACAGCCAACUUUGACUUGCCUGCGAGUCUCCGAAGUGUGGCCAAGGAAACAGCUGUUUUAAGCAGUGGUGCAAAGGUGGAGCUUUCAGAAAAGCAGACUGAAAAUGGAACUAAAAAUCCCAGUGAAAAGUCUUCCAUACAAAGAAAUAUAGUCUUCAGCUCUAAUAAUUCUGUAGCAAAGCCACUGCAGAAAACAUCUAAAGCUGCUGCUGAAGAGACACCGUCAGGAUCACCAAAAAUAGAUAAGAAAAAAAGUCCUUAUGGACUGUGGAUACCUGUCUAAAGGAAAACUAAGGGCUGGGGUUGCCUAAAAUUGCACUUUAUUGAGAGUUUUCUGUGUCUAGCACGAGCUCAUCUGCUUCAAUAAUCACAGAAGUAAAUGUUGUGAUUAAAAUCCUUUACAGAAAGAUGCUUAAUGGUGACAUGGUCACUGUUGAGCUUUCUCUUGAAGACAUGAGAACCCAGAUGACCCAGAGAAUUGCAUACAGGUGGAGUCUUGUAUAUACCUGUAAGUAUUGUACAGCAUCUCAUAUGCAAAGGUGAAUUUUGUAAGAUAUAGUUGUAUACUGCGGGUUUUGUAUAUUUGUUAAUAAACUUUAUAUUAUUUGUCUUGA